AUGGGUACUCCGUCAGCCCAUGCCAUGCCUGAGCACUGGACAGAGCUCAACGUUGCCAAACGCCAAAGGAAGCUUUGUUCCGAGGCAGUGGGUGCCAUCAAGACAUCGUGCAGGGCAAAAUGCAGCAAAGAAAACGUCUUGGAAUGCCAAAAAUGCUACUGCAAGCUGAUGGACACGCUGCGCGCUAGAUACGGCGAGAGUGAGGACCGGGAAUGGUUUGCACAGAGAAGAGCGUUUCUGCACGAACUUGAUGGCCUAUUUCAGGAUGCCAAGGACCGGAGGCGCAGCCUCAAGUCUAUUGACGCCAGGGUAGAAUCCGAAAAAGAGGCUUGGUAUCGCUGGGUCCUGAGGAGAUACCCGGAAUUUAUCGCCCUGUCCGAUCGUGGAUUCAACCAGGAAGAGCUGCGAAGCAUGCUGGAUGAUCCGGAUAGGUCCCGAGAAGAGCUGGUAAAAACAAUGCUCGACGGUAUUGGAAAGCCGCCCGACUGGCCUGAAGGCGUUGACAACUUCGCCGAAAAGGCAGGGGCGGUCAAGGACAACGCUGCUGACUUGAAGCAGCUGUAUAUUGCCGAGUUCUUCAUCAACCAGUCGACCGGUGAGGUCUUUGCAAACGCUCAAAAGUAUCUUGAUGAGUAUAGAAACAGCGAGGGCCUGACACUCGAGGACAUUAUCGACAAGAUCGUGCUGGAUUUUCAACAGAGCCGAGGCGCACAGCCGCAGCGUGAGAGCCACCAACGGCGCUUGGAUGAACUUCGAAGAGCAAAAAGAGCAUUUGAGCAGAACAAGAUGCAGACUAAGAGUUUGCGGGGCGUCCAGGCUGAAAACGCUGGUUCUGAGUUGUACGAUCUACCGCCUUGUUUGGUUUGCGGGAACGGAUGUGACACCGUUGAUGUUUUGUCAUGUACUCUUUGCCAAGCUCUGGUCCAGAUUGGUGGAGAAGAAGGACUGACAGUUUACUGCUCAGAGGAAUGCUAUUUCAAGGGUCAUGAUGACCACGUCGAAUCCCAGCAUGACUGCGAAGCUGGCGACAAGUGUGUGCAGCUCACCGACGAAGACGUCGAGAUGGGGGAUGCGAUUUCAAGGGCAGUCAUCUGUACGGGGUGUCUAGACUUGAAGAAGGCUACUGUAUACUGUUCGGAGCGUUGCGCCGUCGUGAAUAUUGCAAUUCAUAGACGAAGGAAGCACGGGGCGGAAGCUGCAGAGGAAGAAGGGUCGAAGCUGACCAGCCCAUUGCAGGUUUUCGUGGAUUCUACGCUCCAGAGUAGAAAUCCGGGUCUCAAAAUGACGCGCGUGGAUUGA